AUGAAGAGCAGUUCGGCAAAGAAGUUGCCGACAGUGGAGCUCCGGCGCGGGGCCACCUCAGAUCGGCUUCUCCCCCGGGUGCUCCACCCGUCAAGCGGCGUACCGGAGGACGAGGACGCAGGGGUCGCCUCGAGCGACAGCGGCAGGGCCGCCGGCUGCGGCUGCGGCGGCUGCGGCGGCUGCGGCGGCGGCAGCGGCGGGUUAACGCUCGUGGUUAACUUCCUGCUACCUGCACGGAAACUGCCGCCGCCGCCACCGCCGCCACCGCUGGAGGAGAGACGGCCACCUGAGGAAGCUCCCGCGCCCGCCGCCGCGGGCGUGGCCGCCGCCGCUGCCGCCGCUGCCGCCGCUGCCGCGGCGACGGUGGCAGCGGUCAGCGGGAACGGCAGCGGGAGUGACCGGGGCAGCGAAGGCAUCUGCGCAAGAGUAGCAGUAGCAGUAGCAGUAGCAUCGACGCCCUGCGCAGUUGCGCCACCCCCUCCAAAUGGUCCGACGAAGGGGGAUCGUGGGGAGGUCGGGCUGGCGGCAGCAGCGGCCGCAGCAGCGGCGGCUGUAGACCCGUUUCCGAAAGCAGCCGACCGCAUCACCCUCAGCGAAGGUGUCCCGGACAAUGAGGAGGAGGAGGGCGGCGCAGACGGUGGCGCCGGGGACGGGGGUCUUGGCACCUGCGCCUGGAGCGGAGACGGCAAGGGCUGUUGCAGCUGUAGCUGGGAAGUCGAGUUCCAACGAUGCAUCAUAGUAACGCUACGGCCGCGCAUGGAGAACGAGUCCCGUGGCGAGUCAAAUCGCCCGCUGCCAUUGAAGCUGAGGCGCGCGCUGCCGCCCCCGCUGCCACGCGGUGUGGAUACGCCGCUCACGGAGGAGGCAGCGGUGCUGCUGCGGCGCAUGAACAAACUGAAGGGGGACGAAGCGGAGCCGGGAUUGGGGCCGCCGCCGCUGCCGGCGGCGGCGGCGGCACCGGUGAUGGAGGACCGCUUCGGCGGUGGCGGUAGCGGUGAGGGGUUUCUGACUGAUGGCGCUAGCAACUGCAGCUGCGGCGCCGGCGGCUGGCUGGCGUGCGGAAUCGGACAUGGCUCAGACUGA